AUGGGUGGCGUUUCCGUCAAAGAUGUCGAUGCUCAGAAGUUCAUCGCCGCAUACUCCGCUUUCUUGAAGCGUCAGGGAAAGCUCCCAAUCCCAGGCUGGGUUGAUACCGUGAAGACUUCCCACUCCAACGAGCUUCCUCCCCAGGACCAGGACUGGUUCUACGUCCGCGCCGCCGCUGUCGCCCGCCACGUCUACAUGCGCAAGACCGUCGGUGUUGGCCGUCUCCGCAAGGUUCACGGAUCCACCAAGAACCGUGGUUCCCGCCCCUCCCACCACGUCGACGCCUCCGGUGCCGUCGACCGCAAGAUCCUCCAGGCCCUCGAGAAGAUCGGUGUCGUUGAGCAGGACGAGGACAAGGGUGGCCGAAGGAUCACCCAGUCCGGCCAGCGUGAUUUGGACCGUAUCGCCCAGACCACCCUCGAGGCCGAGGAGGAGGAGGAUGACGAGUAA